AUGGCGGGUCCCAUGGAUAGAAUACAAGUGUUGGAUGAAAUUGAGAAAGAUAUCAUCACUUGUUUACAAUGCGCAGCUCAAGCUCUUCUUGAAUUAGGUAAAGAAAAAUCUAGUCAAAAACAGGCAGAAAGCAAUACAUCUCAAUUUCUUAGAACACUUAGUCAAGUUGAAUCAAAAUUAAGUGACCAGAUUAAUUACCUCACUCAGGUAUCAACUGGACAGCCUCAUGAAGGUUCUGGAUAUGCAUCUCAAAAAGUACUACAGAUGGCAUGGCAUAGAUUAGAACAUGUCAGAUCUUGGGUUAACGAGCUGGAAAGACUGAAAGCAGCUCAUUUAGCUGCAAGCCGGUCAAUUUCUGGUGUGGCAAAUGGUGGAAUGACUUCAUCUGGGACAAGUACCCAGUGA